UUUUUAUCUAACAAACAGUACUUAAGUGAAUGCGUAUUAUUGAACGAUUAAUGUUAAUUUGAAUAUAGCAUUUUUUCUUACCUUUCACUUUAAACUUUGCUUUAAAAGCCAGUAGGUUGUCAUUAUUUAAGAAGCGAUCUCAAGAUGUUUAAAGGUUAUACACAACUUGUGGUGCAACAACGAAAAAAGUUAUUGUUGGUUCAGUUUAAUAAUCCAAAAAAGAAAAAUUGCUUGAAUCGUUUUGCUUAUAUUGAAAUAACUCGUGUGUUGUGUGAAGCUGCCCAGGAUGAUCAAGUCACCAUCGUAGUGUUUACUGGCGCUGGAGAUUUCUAUUCAGCCGGCAAUGACUUGUCACAAUUGGAGAAUGUUAACGAUUUGGAAACCUCUAUAACGGAAUCUAUUAAGAUUUUUAAAGAAAUGGUCAAGGCUUUCGUGGAAUGUCCUAAGGUUAUAGUAUCUCUAGUAAAUGGUCCUUGUAUCGGUAUUGGUACCACAUUGGCCGGUCUCUCGGAUAUGGUAUGGUGCUCCAAAAAAGCUUACUUUGCUACACCCUUUGUCAAAUUGGGCAUAGUGCCAGAAGCUGCGUCUUCUUAUAUGUUUCCGCUCAUUAUGGGCCGUUCUAAAGCGACUGAAAUGUUAUUAUUUGGUGAAAAACUUCUACCUCAUGAAGCUUUGCAAUAUCAUUUUGUGUCACGGGUGUACAAACCGUCUGAACUAAACAGCGUUAUAUGGCCAAAACUCAUUGCCUUUUCUGAAUUACCGCCACAAUCUUUGCAAAUUUCAAAGACAUUGCUUCGAAAUCACGAAAAGUCGAGUAUCUUGCAGGCUAUUAAUUCCGAAUGCGAUGAACUUUAUAACCGCUUCCACAGUGAAGAGUUUUUCGAUGCUAUGAUACGGUUUAAUACGAAAAAGUCAAACUUAUGAAUACGUCAUCGGGAAGUUAAGCAAUAGUCACUUCUGGUUGUUGAAAAAAAAAAAAAACUUUUAUAGCUUUUACAGCGGCUCGGAUCGUAUCACUUUUCCGACCAUGAAGAAAAUUGCAAUUUUCAAAAUUUCUCCACAAAAGUGGUUAGAUAGUAGUAGUUUGGAAAUUUAAAUUGGUGUGAAAAGUGUGGGCCGGCUGGGAAAUUAUUUUGGCCCCUCUCUCAUAUAAUGAAAACUGCAAUUAAUACCACAACAAACAUAUAAUUUUCAAUUCUUCGUGAUCAAAAUUAUA